CCACAGAAAAGCCCCCCUUCGAAUUAGGUAACUUCUCCUGACAUUUCCCGCGCCUUCGCAGGUCAUCUUUCACAUCACCACCACGAAUCGAAAGAAAUGGAAAAUCAGCAAGAGGAUGAAUCAGCGGCCGCCGAUCUGUUGAGAGAUAGAUUCAGACUCUCUACUAUCUCUAUCGUCCAAUCCGAAGCCAAACAGAACAACAUGGAAAUUUCAGAACCAAUUGUGGCUUGUAUCUCUGAUUUGGCCUUCAAAUAUGCUGAACAUGUUGCAAAGGACCUUGAAUUAUUUGCAGCUCAUGGAGGUCGCAAGACUGUCAACAUGAAAGACGUCAUUCUUUGUGCACAUCGGAAUGAACAUCUUGCUGACUUGCUGAGAUCCUUCGGCAAUGACCUAAAAGAUAAAGACCCUCAGUCAGAAAAGAAGCGAAAGAAAAAAUCAAGAAAGGAUGACAACGCUGCUUCCUCUGUACUACAUAUUCCUGAUGAUACUUAGCUCAUGAAAGCUUUGGGAUGAUCUUUUUGAAAGAUUUAGGAGUUUAUCUGUUUGCUCAUAUUGGUGUUUAAAUCAGGUAUUUGUGACUUCUAAAGUUCUAUUGUUUUCUUGUUCCUCCAUGUAGAUGUACAGAGUAUAUAUAUGGAACUGAUGAUAGCAAUGUGUCAUAUUCUACAAAAA